AUGUGGGUCGAUGUAGCCACAGCCACAGCAGCAAUGGAGUCUGACGGUCGUAUUAAAGCCUAUAAAUUUGUCGCCUAUUCAGCGGUCACCUUCUCAGUGGUGGCUGUUAUGUCAGUUGUUGUUACUUUACCGAUGGUCUACAACUAUGUCAGUCAUGUUCGACGACAGAUGCAUCAUGAAAUCAGCUUUUGUAAGGGAUCAGCAAAAGACAUCUACACAGAAGUGAACUAUAUGAAGAGUGCGCCUCAAGGAAAUCACAACAGGACAGCCAGGCAAGCAUACGGAGCAGCCGAUGUGAAUCCAUCACCAAACCUUCAGUGUGAAGGAUGUUGUUUGCCGGGGCCACCAGGACCGGCUGGUCCACCAGGCAAAGCUGGAAAACCGGGUAAACCUGGAGCACCAGGAACGCCUGGAACACCUGGAAGACCACCAACUGCCCCGUGUGACCCGAUCACUCCACCACCAUGUAAACCAUGCCCACAAGGUCCACCUGGCCCACCAGGACCACCAGGAGCUCCAGGAGAUCCAGGAGAUGCUGGAUCACCUGGCCGACCAGGAGUUGACGCUAGCCCAGGCAGCCCUGGACCACGAGGACCACCAGGCCCACCUGGAGAGGCCGGCCCACCAGGCCCACCCGGAGAACCUGGAACACCAGCACAAAGCGAACCACUCACACCUGGAGAGCCAGGAGAGCCAGGAGAUCAAGGACCACCAGGACCACCCGGACCACCUGGACAAUCUGGAGCCGAUGGACCACCAGGACCACCAGGACCCAAAGGAGCACCAGGCCCAGAUGGACCAGCCGGAGUUGAUGGCCAACCUGGCCCUCCAGGACCACCAGGACCUCCAGGAACACCUGGCGAGAAGGGUAUCUGUCCGAAAUAUUGCGCUAUCGAUGGUGGUGUUUUCUUUGAGGAUGGAACAAGGCGUUAA